UCUCCCCAACGCAGCCACAGCUAGCCCUUCCUCUCUCUUCCCCAUCCCUCUCCGUUCCCCAACACACGCCACGCUCCCUCUUAUACCAACACCCCAUGGAAACCAAACCCAACCCAGCACCUCUUAUUACCACCACCACCACCACCACCACCGAGGCGGGCGCAACUGCAAGCAGCAGCGACGCCGGGAGCACCAUCAACAGCGGCCGGAAGGGGAAGGGCGGGCCGGAGAACGCCAAGUUCAGGUACCGCGGCGUGCGGCAGCGGAGCUGGGGCAAGUGGGUGGCGGAGAUCCGGGAGCCCCGCAAGCGCUCCCGCAAGUGGCUCGGCACCUUCGCCACCGCCGAGGACGCCGCGCGCGCCUACGACCGCGCCGCGCUGCUCCUCUACGGCCCGCGCGCCCACCUCAACCUCACCGCGCCACCGCCCAUGCCCCCGGGGUCCGACCACUCCCGCCCGUCGGGCUCCUCCUCCGCUUCUUCCUCGAGCUCCUCCUCCGCGCCCCCGCCGCUCCGGCCGCUCCUGCCGCGCCCGCCGCAGCACUCCGGUGCCCCGAUGGCCUUCCACCACCACCGCCAGUACUUCCUGCCGAUGCGCCCGUUGCCCACGUCGUCACCGCCUCUGUACUACGCAAGCACUGCCACGGCGUCCACGGUGACCACCACGGUAGCGCCACCAUAUGGGAUGAUCAGCACUGCCCCUCCGGCAGUGGCUGCUCCUUCUGCGGUGCCCGCGCAGGAUAGUGUGCCUGCGGAGGCAUCUGAGGCUGCGGCGACGGGAUGGGAGUACCUCGCCUCCGAUGGGGAGGAGGACUACGAGGCGGCGCUGCUGUGGAACGAACCUGAGCCCUUGUUCGAUAUCUUCUUGAAGUGAUUCACAUAUACCAGAGCUCUCAUCAGCAUGCGUGCCCACGGCCGGCAACGGCAUGCAUGUGUGUUGCAACUUGCAAGCAAGCAAAGGUAGAUAGCCUUACUAGGGUUUCUGAAUCUGUUUCGUACUAAUUAAUUAGUGAAUCUACCCCUGUAGGUAUAUUUGAUUUUUCUCAUUCUUCUCUUGCAUUUCCCUAGUUGGGUUUGGCUUUUGGGGGAUAAUGUGGUGGCAUUGGGAAGAUUUACGGCUUCCGAGACCUAAGGAUUGGUUUCAGUUCAGCCUUUUGCAUCCACCGAUGGAUGCAUGAUAAUUGAUGACACAUAUAUGUCACA